AUGAGGGGCUGGGCGUGGGCUGCGAUGGUGGCCCUCCUCUGGCCACAGCUUGCACUCCUUGGGGGUGUCGGGGCCCGGCGGGAGCCCAAGCGGCCACGGCAGCUCAGCCCGAGCACCAUGCCCCUCAAUGCCACCAUCCGCAACAGCCAGGAGCCACUCGGCCUUCCCAAGGCCCCUGGGCCCUCCUGGGCCCCGGCGCCUGAGUUCUCAGAUGCCCAUAUGACAUGGCUGAAUUUUGUGCGACGGCCGGAUGAUGUGGCAAAGAAACGAUGCCGUGCCAGGGACAAGAAGUCGGUGAGACCUCCUGGGCCGCCUGGCCCCCCGGGGCCCCCCGGGGCUGAAAUCACCCAGGAGGUUCUUCUUCGGGAGUUUCAGGAGAUGCUGAAAGAGGCCACUGAGCGUCGGUUCUCAGGGCCGCUGGGCCUGCUGCUGCCUGAGGGGGCAGGUGGGCAGCUGGUGGCCGAGGCCUUUCAUUGCCGGCUGAAGGGCCCUCUGCUGGCAGACAAGAAGACGCUGGUGGAGCUGCAGGGCUUCCAGGCUCCCGCAGCCCAGGGUGCCUUCCUGCGAGGCUCAGGCCUGAGCCUGGCCUCGGGGCGCUUCACAGCCCCUGUGUCCGCCAUCUUCCAGUUUUCUGCCAGCCUGCACAUGGACCUCAGUGAGCUAAGGGGCAGGUCCCAGCUGAGGGCGCGAGACACGGUCCGCUUGCUCAUCUGCAUUGAUUCCCUGUGCCACCGCCACACGUCCCUGGAGGCGAUCUCGGGCCUAGAGAGCAACAGCAGGGUUCUCACUGUGCACGUGCAGGGGCUGCUGCAGCUGCAGGCUGGGCAGUCGGCCUCCGUCUUCGUGGACAAUGGCUCUGGGGCCACCCUCACCAUCCAGAGCAGCUCCAGUUUCUCGGGACUGCUCCUGGGCAUGUGA